CCAAGAUCUUCGCCUACUCCUGGACUGUGGGUUGGUUCCUCUGCAAAGCCAUCCACUACCUCCAAAACCUGUCCGCCAUCUGCUCGGUUCUGACUCUCACCGCAAUGAGCAUGGAGAGGUACUAUGCUAUCCUCUUCCCCUUCCGAGCCCAGUACAUCCUGACAGUCCACCAGGCCCAGCGUUGCACGGGGAUGGUAUGGCUCCUCUCCUGCGUCCUGGCCACUCCUAUACUCUUCGUCCAGGUUCACAGUCUCGUGGGGGUCCGUGUCGAGUCUUACUGGUGUCACCGAGACUGGGAUAGCUUGGCACUCUGGCGCGGGUACGAGACCUACAUGCUAAUUCUUGUCCUGGUGCUGCCCACGUUGGUCAUGGCCUUCGCUUACUCGGCCAUUGGGUACAAGCUGACGAAGGUGAUGAUUGAACGAUCGACGCUGGUUGGGGGGUCAUCUUACAGCUCUGGAGGGGAAUCACACCCACUCAACUCCAUCCGGGUGUCCAACAGAGCCCGAGAGGACGAUAGGGACAAGAGACAGAUCGUGACCAUGCUGUUAGUGGUGGUGAUCCUGUUCAUCUCCUGCUGGUCACCUCUGCUCAUCACCAACGUUCUAAAAGCCUGGGGUUACCUGGCGCCCUACGACCACCGCCCCUUCUACAAGCACCUCUACAACGCCGUACACCUGUUGGCAUAUUUUAACAGCUGCAUCAACCCCAUCGUCUACGGCUUCCUCUCCAAGAACUUCAGGGAGAGCUUCUACAUGGCUCUCUGCCCCUGCCUGCGCCCGCCACGACCUCCCGCCCGCCAAGUGUCCCUCUCGCACACCCGCACCACCUCCGUCGGGUACAAGGAAAGCUUCAGACUGAGUGUAAGGUAUUCAAACAGGGCGACUAAUGUGUAGGAAGAGGAGGAGGAGGAAGAGGAGGAGGAGGAGGAGGAGGAGGAGGAGGAGGAGGAGGAGGAGUGACAUGAGAGCCAGGUUCAGACAUCACUUCAAACAGUCACUUCUAACUACAUAUCAUUCUCCUAUUUCUCUCCUUCUUUCUCUUCUUGUUCAGACAAUUUCAUAUAUAUUUGUUUUUUUUCUUUUUUUCUUCUCUUUUUCUUCAGGCCAAAUUCAUAUAUAUAUACCUACUUCUUUUUCUUCCUUUCUUUCUCUUCCUUCUUUUCCUCUCCUCUCUUCUUUAGGCAAAUUCAUAUAUAUUUCUUUCUCUUUUUUCUCUUCUUCAUUCUUCUUCUUUCUC